CUUCCGACUCCAGCCCGCCUCGUCUCCACCCACUGGCCUGGAAUAUAUGACCCUUCACGGCAACACUCUGCGUCUGUGGGUCUUUGCUUCGCUUGCAGCAGCCGGAGUCUGGGGAAAGAAGGCAAAAAGGAGUCCAGCAUGGCAAAAUGUGGAGACUGCGGUCCUGGGUACAAAACGCCGUUGGACGCUAUGAAAGGUCCACGGGAAGAGAUUGUAUACCUGCCUUGCAUCUACAGAAACACGGGAAUAAAGAAGCCAGACUACCUGGCCACGGUGGAUGUAGAUCCCAAGUCUUCAACCUAUUGCAAGGUCAUCCAUCGCCUGCCCAUGCCCAACGUCAACGACGAGCUCCACCACACGGGCUGGAACGCCUGCAGCAGCUGCUUCGGAGACACCACCAAGAAGCGGGACCGGCUGAUCCUCCCCUGCCUGAUCUCUUCCCGGAUUUACAUCGUGGACACCGGCACAGACCUGCGGGCUCCCAGGCUCUACAAGGCUAUCGAGCCCGUGGAGAUGUACUGGAAGUGCAACUUGGCCAAUCCACACACCACUCACUGCUUGGGUAGCGGGGAAAUCAUGAUCAGCACGAUGGGAGAUCCUUCGGGCAACGGGAAAGGUGGUUUUGUGCUGCUGGACGGAGAGACGUUUGAGAUCAAGGGAAACUGGGAAAGAGGAUCCAAGACCCCCAAACUGGGCUACGAUUUCUGGUACCAGCCAAGGCACAAUGUCUUGAUGAGCACAGAGUGGGGAGUGCCCAAGUGCCUUGUAAAUGGGUUUGAUCCAGCUGACCUAGAGAAAGGAUGCUACGGUGGAAACAUUAACGUGUGGGACUGGACCACCCACGAGCUCAUCCAAUCCAUUGACGUGGGAAAGAAUUCCAUUCCUCUGGAAAUCCGCUUUCUCCAUGACCCUGCGGCUGCAGAGGGGUUCAUCGGCUGUGCCCUCAGUGGAGCUGUGCACCGUUUCUACAAGACGGAGAAUGGGACCUGGGCGGCAGAGAAGGUGAUCCAGGUGCCCAACAAGAAGGUGAAUGGGUGGCUUCUGCCAGACAUGCCAGGUCUCAUCACAGACAUCCUGAUCUCCUUGGACGACCGAUUCCUGUAUUUUAGCAAUUGGCUUCAUGGAGACAUUCGCCAGUAUGACAUCACCGAUACCCGAAAGCCCAAGCUGGUAGGACAGGUCUUUGUGGGAGGCAGCAUUGUAAGAGGUGGACCCGUCACCGUCACUGAGGACCAAGAGCUGGACUGCCAGCCAGAGCCGUUCGUCAUUCAGGGCAAGAGGGUUCAAGGUGGGCCUCAAAUGAUCCAGCUGAGCUUGGAUGGCCAGAGAUUGUAUGUCUCCACUUCCCUCUACAGCGGCUGGGAUAAGCAGUUCUACCCCGAUAUGAUUAGGGAAGGCUCUGUUAUGCUGCAGAUCGACGUGAACACCACCAAAGGGGGCUUGACAGCAAACAAGAAAUUCCUCGUGGAUUUCGGGAAAGAGCCCGAGGGCCCAGCUCUGGCCCACGAGAUCCGCUACCCCGGGGGAGACACCACCUCCGAUAUCUGGAUUUAAAUGGAGGCCUCAGCGGAACAGCAGGAGGAGGGUGGGCAUGUCAAUGGUUUGCCUUGUCUUAAGGGUUUGGAAAGGGACGUGGGGGGGGGCACUUAUUACAUGGCACUACAGCCUGAUUUUGAAGGAGCGGGCCAACCUGUGUUGAAACUGGGCCACUCAAAAUUCUGCAAAUCCACAGUCUGCGAGACCUUGAACGAAUGAAUGGUGUUCAGAAGAAAGUUUGCUCUUAAGUUGCCACAUUCUGCCACUAGAGAGGCCACUUUCAGCUUUCACCCACACAAGCAACUGAAAAUCAAAUGGCGCCUUUGGAUACAUCCACACAACCAGUUUUAAAACCAGUGUGACACCAGUUUAGCAGAUGUCUCUCUCCCGAGUACCCCGAGGGAUUGUAAUUUUGUGCUGAAAAGUUAUUGGAAAGGAAUUUUUAGCCCAUCUACAAUUCCUGGAAUUCUUUUGGGGGAAUGGAAUGAAGGUGAAACUGGUUUCAAAAUAGUUUAAGAUUCUGUAUUAGACACAUUGCUUAAGCAUUUUGGUGUUGAAGCUUUUUGAAAACCACCAGAUCUAUACUCUGCAGGAGGCAGCCACAUUUUAAUCUAGUUAGCUGUGACAAACACAGGAGCUGUCAAAACCUGGUUGGGCAAAAGAGGAAUGGAAUCUCCUUUUGAGUGGGUCAGUUCAUUUGGGUGGGACUCACAACAUAGCACAAAGCAAGCUUGCUUGUGACCUAGCGAUCAAUAUCCGUUUCUGGAAGCUGGCAUUCUCUGUGCUGCUGUUGCUAACAUGCUUCAGAAAUUAGCUAAAACAAUAAACCGGGUUCUCUCUGCCGUCA